AAUCCGUAAGAAUUCUAUAAUUAACACAUCAAUGGCGCCCAAGGCUAAAACAGUUGGUAUCAAACCGAAGGCACAGACCUUCAAAGACAAGUCCAAGCCAACCGAUGUGCGGCUGUCGAACAUCCAAGCGGCAAAAGCUGUCUCCGAUGCUAUUCGCACCAGUUUGGGCCCACGCGGCAUGGACAAAAUGAUCCAGGCUGCCAACGGCGAGGUGUCCAUCACCAACGAUGGUGCCACCAUUUUGAAGCAGAUGAAUGUCCUGCAUCCCGCUGCCAAGAUGCUUGUUGAGCUGUCCCGUGCCCAGGAUGUGGAGGCUGGUGACGGCACCACAUCCGUGGUGGUCAUUGCUGGUGCUCUGUUGGAGGCCUGCGAGAAACUGCUGCAGAAGGGUUUGCAUCCCACGGCUAUUUCGGAUUCGUUCCAGCGUUGUUCCAACAAGGCUGUGGAGAUUCUAACUGAAAUGUCCACGCCCAUUGAGCUGAACGAUCGUGAUACUCUGAUCAAGAGCGCUUCCACAUCGCUCAACUCGAAGGUGGUGUCACAACAGAGCAGUCUGCUCGCUCCCAUUGCCGUGGAUGCCGUGAUUAAGGUUACCGAGCCUGGUAAGGAAAACGCUGUGGAUCUGAAGAACAUCAAGGUGAUUCAGAGUCUUGGCGGCACCGUUGAGGAUACGGAAUUGGUGCAAGGAUUGGUCUUCACCAGUCGCUCGGCAGGUACCAAUGCACCCAAGCGCAUUGAGAAGGCCAAGAUUGGUUUGAUUCAGUUCUGCAUUUCGGCACCCAAAACCGAUAUGGAUCACAAUGUGAUUGUCAGCGAUUACGCUGCCAUGGAUCGUGUGCUCAAGGAGGAGCGUUCCUACAUUCUCAACAUCGUCAAGCAGAUCAAGAAGGCGGGCUGCAAUGUGCUGCUCGUUCAGAAGUCGAUCUUGCGCGAUGCUGUCUCAGAUCUGGCUCAACAUUUCUUGGACAAGAUCAAGUGUCUCGUGGUCAAGGAUGUGGAGCGUGAAGACAUUGAGUUUGUCUGCAAGACUCUCCACUGUCGCCCUAUUGCUUCAUUGGAUCAUUUCACAGCCGAGAAUCUGUCCAGCGCCGAUCUCGUUGAAGAGGUCGCCAGCGGCACCAACAAGUUUGUCAAGAUCACAGGCAUUCAGAACAUGGGACGCACCAUCUCCAUCAUCUGCCGUGGCUCCAACAAACUGGUGCUGGAGGAAGCUGCUCGCUCCCUGCACGAUGCUCUCUGUGUGGUGCGUUGCCUGGUGCGCAAGCGUGCUCAGAUUGUGGGCGGCGGUGCUCCCGAGAUUGAGAUGGCUCUACAGUUGGCUGCUGCAGCUCAGACUGUGGAGGGUGUGGAUGCCUACUGUUAUCGUGCAUUUGCUGAUGCCCUAGAGGUCAUUCCAUCGACAUUGGCUGAGAAUGCUGGUCUGAAUCCCAUUGCCACGGUGACGGAGCUGCGUAAUCGUCAUGCGCAGGGCGAGAAGAACGCUGGUAUUAAUGUGCGCAAGGGUGCCAUCACAGAUAUUUUUGCUGAGAAUGUUGUGCAGCCGCUGCUGGUCAGCAUUUCGUCCAUCACGCUGGCUACGGAGACCAUUCGCUCCAUACUCAAGAUCGAUGAUAUCGUCAACACCUUCAGCUAAGCAGGGAGAUGAUAUCCUAAUGUCUACUACUGUGUAUUCGUGCGCUGGAAAAGAUCUAUACUUAUUGUGCAUUUUCAUAAAAUCCCCAAAAACUCUUACACACACACACACACAUUAACAAACAAAUCCCAUUAUGCGGCUGCACGUCCGCAACAAAUUGAAUAAAAUUCACAUUACACACACUA